GAAAUGAUGAUUCUGGUGCGAUGGGAAGUUGGUAUGCUUUUAACGCUAUUGGAAUAUUUCCAUUAGCCGGAACAGAUAUCUACCUAAUAAACUCACCAUUCUUCAAAAAAGUUACUAUAUACCUUUCACCAUUAAAAACUUUUACGAUUUUAGCUCAUGGUCUGACAGACAUUAAUAUUUAUGUUCAAAAUGUUACAAUAAAUAAUAAAGAAUGGAAAAAAACUUGGUUUAGGCAUGAAGACAUUUCAAGCGGUGCAGUAAUGGAAUUUCAUAUGGGACCUGAACCAAGUAAAAUUUGGGGUGUUAUGGAGCAUCAUGAAGGAGACAAAGAAAUAGAAGAUAGAGUAGUUCCUCCUAGUAUGAGUGAUAUAUUAAUAAAUAAAAGUAAUUAA